UUGUUACAAAGAGAAACUAUUGAAGAAUUAAAAGGUCAUUUUAAUAAGCUUAGUAGGCAAGUAAAUAGACAAGUUAAUCAAACAACAACUACUAAUUUAAGUUCAACAGAACAAACAACAACAAAAAAAUCUGCUAUAAAAAGUUUUUUUUCAUUAAUUCAAAAUAAUAAUGAUAAAUCUAUUAAUCAAAAUGAAAUUGAUAAGUACCUUUCAAUUUCUAAGGCAGAUUAA